AUGGGGGCGAAAGAUUCAAAACCAAGUUUUAUAUCUUAUGAAGAUGCUACGAAAAGAGUAAACGAGAGUGAACUGCGACGUAUUCGUGAAGCAUUCAAGAGAUGUGCCGGUACUAACGGGACGACCUUGAGCUUGGACGCUUUCGUCCAUGAAGUGCUGUGUGAUGGUGUACCGUUCGAAGUGGCAGAAUGGUUGUAUCAGGCCUGCGGAGGCACAAAACGAGGGAUCACAUUUAGGGAUCUUCUGUGUGGCAUCGUUGUCCUUACCAAAGGAAAUAUCGAGGAGAAAAUCAAAUUUUUGUGGACGCUCUACGUGAACAACCAGAGCGAUAAUGGCACUUACAUAUACAAGCGCGACUUCGCCCGCGCCCUCCAGAUCGAGAACACCUCCCUGCCGGAAACGGAAGCUCUACGGACAUCGGACAUCCUGACCAGCCUGUUCGGGCCGAGCGAUAGAGUGGCUUUCGAGCAGUUCCGCUCGUGGCUGCUCAUACACAAAGACGCCACGGUCCUGUCCCAAUGGCUCCUCUCCAACCAGGGCAGCGUCAACUACGACCUGGAGACGCCGACGUUCUACCAGAGCCUCGCGGGCGUCACCCAUUUGGAGGAGAGGGACAUCAUCGAGCUGGAGAAGUGUUUCUGGUCGCUGCGCAACGGCGCUUCUAGCGGGCAGCUGGACGCGGAGGGUCUCUCGCCGCUGCUGUCGCCGCCGCUGCCGAGGGCCGCGCUCGCGGGCGCGCUGCGGGCGCUCGACGAGAACUGCGACGGCCACGUGGACUUCAAGGAGCUGUGCUGCGGAGUCAGCGCCGCCUGCAGGGGCCCGCGCACCGAGCGCCUCAAGUUCUGCUUCAAGAUGUUCGACCUGGACAGAGACGGCAUCCUGAACAGGAGGGAGAUACUGGACAUGGUGGACGUCCUUUGCGCCAUCGCCAACGAGUCGCUGAGGAACCAGCCCUCGCGGGCGUCCACGCCUUCGGGCGGCGGAGACCCGGAGCCAGGGGACGGGCCUUUCGAUCCGGAGGCGGUGCUCCUCGAGCUGAGGGGCAAGCUGGUCACGGUCCCCGAAAACGGCAGGAGACCUCGCUUCCAGCUGGGGCCCAACUCUCCGGAGGCGGGCCCGGUCGAGGAGCAGUUGGUCGACAUCAAAGAGGACUCGGAGAAGGCGUCCGAGCUGGCGCAGGGCGCGGUGCUGACCGCCGAGGAGUUCCUCAUCUGGAGCGUGGAGAGCGCCGAGCGGCUGGUGGAGCCGCUGCUCGAGCUCAUGUUCGACCUCUGCCACGUGGUGCUCGGCCUGCGCCCCCGCUGCCGCCACCACGAGCGGGACAUUGGAGCCGCCACCACGAGCGGGACAUUGGUCAGUGCGAUGUCUCCGUCCCGCUUCUCUCUACCCCCCUCUCUUUCUUCCUCUCCACACCUCUUUCACCACGCGUACACCCUCCACAGGAGCCGCCACCACGAGCGGGACAUUGGUCAGUGCGAUGUCUCCGUCCCGCUCCUCUCUACCCCCCUCUCUUUCUUUCUCUCCACACCUCUUUCACGCGUACACCCUCCACAGGAGCCGCCACCACGAGCGGGACAUUGGAGCCGCCACCACGAGCGGGACAUUGGUCAGUGCGAUGUCUCCGUCCCGCUUCUCUCUACCCCCCUCUCUUUCUUUCUCUCCACACCUCUUUCACGCGUACACCCUCCACAGGAGCCGCCACCACGAGCGGGACAUGGAGCCGCCACCACGAGCGGGACAUUGGUCAGUGCGAUGUCUCCGUCCCGCUCCUCUCUAUCCCCCUCUCUUUCUUUCUCUCCACACCUCUUUCACGCGUACACCCUCCACAGGAGCCGCCACCACGAGCGGGACAUUGGUCAGUGCGAUGUCUCCGUCCCGCUUCUCUCUCUCCCCCCCUCUCUUUCUUUCUCUCCACACCUCUUUCACGCGUACACCCUCCACAGGAGCCGCCACCACGAGCGGGACAUUGGAGCCGCCACCACGAGCGGGACAUUGGUCAGUGCGAUGUCUCCGUCCCGCUUCUCUCUACCCCCCUCUCUUUCUUUCUCUCCACACCUCUUUCACGCGUACACCCUCCACAGGAGCCGCCACCACGAGCGGGACAUUGUGCUGCGCUGGUUGCGGCGCGAGACGGCGCGCGGCUACGCGGUGGGGCAGUUCUGGUACCUGGUGGGCGGCGAGUGGUGGGGCUCGUGGCUGGCCUACACCGGCGCGGCGGCGCCCUGCUGCCGCGCGCCCCCACGGCCCCACGACGACAGCGCCCUCUGCGACGACAGCUUCACCACCAACUCCACGGAGUCGAUGGGGUCGCUGCUGUGGCGCGCGGAGACGUCGUCGCUGGGCAGCGGUGGCAGCGGUGGCAGCGGUGGCAGCGGGGCGGGCAGCAGCGGCGUGGGCAGCGCGUCCGGCCCCCGCGCGCCCCCGCACCCGGGGCCCGUCGACAACAGCCGCCUGCUGGCGCGAGACGAGCUCAACGUGCGCACGCUGACGGGCGAGGGCGGGCUGCUGCGGCGCGACGUGACGCUGGCGCAGCACCGCGACUUCGAGCUGCUGCCCGACAAGCUGUGGCGCGCGCUCGCGCUCUGGUACGGCGCGCCCGACCCCCUGCCGCGACAGGUGAUACGGCCGCCCAACUCGGACUUGGAGAUGGAACUGUAUCCGAUGCAGCUGAAGAUUCUGCGACACGUGCCCAGUACUCCCCGUGAGUUUAUGCGCGGGUGCGGGUGCGGGUGGGGUGCGGGGGCAGGGGCAGGGGCGGGGGCGGCGCUGUACGCGGCGGGGGCGCCCCCCGCGCCGCCCGAGCGCCAGCUGGCCUACACCGCCGCCUUCUCGCGGCUCGCCACCGUCAAGCAGGUGAGCGAGUUCCUGUGCCAGGCGCUGGGGCUGGCGCGCGAGGACGCGCGGCUGUGGGCGCUGGGCGCGGGCGGCGCGCUGCUGCUGGACGACGAGCGGCCCGCGCUCUGCGAGCUGCCCGAGCUGGCGCGGGGCGCGCCGCUGCUGCUGGAGCUGCGCAACCGCGACCUCAGCUGGCCCGAGGAGAUCGGCGCGCUCAGCACGCUGGGGGCGGGGUCGGAGCGGCGCGCCACGCUGUCGGCGGCGGAGGCGGCGCCCGUGGCGGGCGCCACCGGCCUGCACAACCUCGGCAACACCUGCUUCAUGAACGCCGCGCUGCAGGCGGUGUGGAACACCGGCCCGCUGACGCGGUACUUCACCUCGGGCAUGCACCUGUACGAGCUGAACACGGAGAACCCGCUCGGCACCAAGGGCGCGCUCGCCCUGCGCUUCGGAGAGCUCUGCAAGGAGGUGUGGGGGUGCAGCGCGCGGUCGGUGGCGCCCCUGCGCGUGCGCUGGUGCGUGUCGCGCUGGGCGCGCGGCCUGGCCGGCGGCGGGCAGCACGACGCGCAGGAGCUGCUCGCCUGGCUGCUCGACGCGCUGCACGAGGACCUCAACCGCGCCCCCGCGCCGCCCCCGGCCGCCCCGGCCGCCCCGCCCCCGCCGCCGGCCGCCCCGCCCCGCCCCCGGCCCGACCACGAGGCGGCGGCGGACGCGUGGGCGCACUUCAAGGCGCGCAACGACUCGCUGCUCACGGACCUCUUCUACGGGCAGCUCAAGUCGCGCGUGCGCUGCGACACGUGCGGCCACGAGUCGGUGCGCUUCGACACCUUCAACAUGCUCAGCCUGCCGCUGCCGAUGGAGUCGUUCGUGCGCUGCGAGGUGCGAGUCAUUCUAAUGGACGGCUCGAUACCGGUGAAAUAUGGGGUGAGAGUGAAUUCUGAGGGCACUUACUUGGAUCUAAAGAAGAAACUAUCCGAGCUCUGCGGCUUGCCACCCGAAUGCAUGGUGCUGGCGGUGGUGAGCGGGCCCACGAUCGCGCGGCUGCUGCAGGACGGCGCCAAGGUGAGCGCCAGCGCCGCCGGGGACCUCUACGCCUACGAGGUGCCGCGCUGCGCGGAGGCCCACGAGUCGAGCGUGGGGGGCGUGUGGGCGGGGGACGAGGGCGCGGAGGGCGUCGGGCCCGAGGGGGCCGAGGGGGCAGGAGGGGGCGAAGGGGCCGAGGGGGGCGUUGCGGGCGCGGGCGAGGUGAGUGUGCGCGGGGCCGCCUCCUCCUCGCUCUGCAUGCCCGCGCUCUUCUGCUUCAAGCGCUCGAGGUCGGAACUUGUUAUGUCGCAGAGCCCUCCCGCGAGGGGCGCGGCGGUGCGCAGCCAGACUUUGCCGCGGCGCGCCCCGCCCCCGGCGAGGGGCGCCCCCGCCUCGCCCUGCCCCAGCGUGCGCUCGCUCGACCUGGAGCGCGGCCGCGGCGAGCCCGAGCCGCCGCCGCAGUACCUGGUGGCGGUGCACAGGAAGCAGUGCCGCGCGGAGGCGUACUUCCUGCCGUGGCAGCGGUCGCGGCCGACGCUGUUCGGGCUGCCGCUGGUGGUGGCGUGGCGGGCGGGCGAGCCCUCGCGCGCCCUCUACGCGCGCGUCUGGGCGCAGCUGGCGCGCCUGCUCAGUCCGCGCCCGCCGCCCCACGACUUGUCGAACCACGCGGCGGACUGCGACGACAGCCUGGGCUACGAGUUCCCGUUCACGCUGCGCGCGGUGCGCGUGGGGGGGGGGGGCGGGGGCGGGGGCGGGGGCGGGGGCGGGCGCGUGGUGCGCGCUGUGCCCGUGGGCGGCGCGCUGCCGCGGCUGCGCGCUGGCGUGCGACUUGCGGCGCGCGAGCGGCUGUGCGCCGCGCACCCGUCGGCCGCGCGCCUCGGCGGCCCCGCGCCGCGCCCCGUCGACCUGGCCAGCUGCCUGGCCGCCUUCACCUCCGACGAGCGCCUCGAGCAGCGCUACCACUGCGACGCCUGCCGCAGCGCCCAGCCCGCCACCAAGAAGCUGCAGAUCUGGCGCGCGCCGCCCGUCCUCAUCGUCCACCUGAAGCGCUUCCAGUACGUGAACGACAAGUGGAUCAAGUCGCAGAAGGCGGUCGACUUCCCGUUCGAGGACUUCGACCCGACGCCCUACCUGGCCUCGGUGCCGCAGGAGACCAUCCUGCGCCGCCGCGAGCUGCUCGGCGCCGGGCGGCGGCCCUCGCUGUGCGGCAUCUCGGAGGGCGACGACGCCCGCUCGGCCGGCGCAGAGGAAGCAGGCCCCGAGCCUCGACGCCCCUCGAGCUCGCCGCGGCCGAGGGCGCGCCUCGACUCCACCAGCCUGACGGCGACGCCCGUCGACGACGACGACCUGGUCGACUACCACCAGCACCACUUGGAGGAGCACCAGGACCCCUUCGAUCUCAAGUACAAGCUGUACGCGGUGGUGUCGCACUCCGGGCAGCUGCACGGCGGCCACUACGUGGCGUACGCGCACAACCCGAGCGGCGCGUGGCUCUGCUACAACGACAGCUCGUGCCGCGAGGUGGGCGCGCGCGGCGUAGAGCCCGCCAACGCCUACAUGCUGUUCUACGAGCGUAGCGGGCUGCGCUACGAGCGCUACCUGCCGGACGUGGCGGCGCGCCCCCCGCCGCGGCCGCCGCCGCGCCCCGACGACGCCGACCUGCGCGCCCUCUGCUGCCUCGUC